AUCCAGUCUGGGACCAAGCGGUGACCUCAGGAUGACGUGCCGCUCCGGCCCAGCCCAUCCUGCGAUGCGCCGCCGCUGUCGCCCUGCAGUCUCACAGACAAUAAUAUUCCCACACGUCAAGGACUAGCUGCCCACCAGCCUGCUUUAUCUACAGCUUCUCAUGCUUUGUAUCGACAAUAGACCUACUGCCGAGCAUCUGCGGCAAGAUGUAUCACUCUGACCACGGUGUUGACUUCCCCGACCUCUCUUUUCAAAUCCCUGGCAGCCCUGCAGAGCUGGGCCCAGCAAACCCAGAGUGAACCCAACCCUCUACAAAUCACACAUCCGCCUUUGCCUUCACCCACACAGGGCCUCCCUCCGCUCCAGUCCCACCCCCCUCCUCCUUCUGGACCAUGGACAGCCCUCCUAAGCUGUCAGGCGAGACCCUGAUCGUGCAUCACAUACCCCUGGUGCACUGCCAGGUGUCUGGUGGGCGGAAGGGUGACUGCGGGGUCUCGUUGAAGAGGAGCAACCCGUUUAUCCCACCAGAGAACCUGGGCUUGAGUCGCACCACUUCCCUUCCCGAGAGAGAUGUUCUUCAGAGAGAGGCACUACUCUACAGCAGCCUGAUCCAGACCUCAAGUGGCUCCUGGGACUCCCGCAAAGGGGGAAAAGAGAGGAAAGUUGGCGGGAGAGGUGGCAGCACAGCAAGUGAUGAUUCAUCGUUUACCUCGAGCAAUUCAGAGGACCAACUGAUCACGGCUCACACUUUACCCAGAGCCAAACCGAGGAACAGGAAUCCGUUGCGUCAUAAUCCAUUCCUGCUGAAUACUGAAGAUGAGGAUGAAGAAGAAGAGGAGGAUGGUGAUAACCUCAGCGGUUACUUUGAAGACUCCUCUUUUCACCUCCACAGUGACACUAACUCUGUCCACGAUGAUGGGAUGACGCCUUUCCGCUUACACGGCCUUGGCUUUGCUUCUGAGCCCUUUAUGUUGCACAGGUCAGUGGGUGGAAGCAGUAGGGAGUCCCUGAGGGCAGUAACCUCGGAUUUCUCCACCCACCUGGAGGACCUGGACAUUCUGGGACUGGACAGCCAUUUGCGCCACGGCAGCAGCGGUUCCAACAUGUCCAUGGAUUGUGGAGAGCAAGACUGGGGGGAUUACGAUGGAGAAGAUAAGGAUGAUCCUAUGAAGUGUGGGCGAAGCUCCUCCAGCUCCUCCACACAGCACUGCUCCUGCUGUGCACUCUCCCAGAACUACCCUCAGCACUUCCCUGAAGCCUUCACGGAGCCUUUCUCAGAAUGCCAGCAAGGCUACGGCAGCGACUCCUCUUGCAACAGCUCGGACGGCGUGCUCGUGAACUUCAGCGCCAUUUACAACAAGCUGAACAACAGUAUUCCGGAGAAGCCACCGGUCUCUGGGCACACCAACCUCAACAGCUCUACUGACCACUCCCGCACCUCGUCUGUUUCUGAUCCACCAGGAAACAAGCGAGACUCAACUGGAGGGGCUUUCUAUUUGGACCUUCACACAUCCCCAACUGAACCUCCCUUACCACAGCAGCAACCCUCUUGCCUGGGCGGCACUUUCCCUUUCAUCCGUGAAUCACACCUGUCCACCUCCUCCACCUGUUCCUGUGCCGUGGAGCACCAGGGGGCUCUUGACCUCGACGCCAACUGCAACUCCUACCACCCUCCACAUUCUGGAUCGUCCGGAGACCUUGCUUCCUGUCUGCAGAGUCAGGCACGCCUGGUUGUCGCCACCCAGAACUACUACAAGUUGGUCACCUGCGACCUAUCGUCCCAGUCCUCCCCAAGUCCCGCAGGCUCCUCGGUCAACAGCUGCUCCGAUGAGCACAGCAAAGGCAGCCCCACUCCGACCCAGCCCAACGAGUACUUUCUGUUUAGGCAGAGAGCUGAUGAGCUGGGUCUGGAAGAAGAAGAAGAAGAAGAAGAUGAAGAAUCAACUAGGCGAGAUGAUGAUGAUAAUGAGGAUGAAGAGGACGAGGAGGAGGAGAAGAAGAAGAAUCAGAAGGCAGCUGGUGGAGCUGAAGCUGCUCCUGCCGUGAUUGCAGGCCAGGUGUACGUCAACAUCUCCCCUCCUGUGGUUGGCCAAGGCACUAUUGGAGCCUCCUCAGGAAGCCGUCCCCGUUCUCGCAGCUACGACCGCAACCUGGACAAGUCUCCAUCUCCUCGGCUCGGAUCUCUGGAGCGUAUGUUGAGCUGCCCAGUUCGGCUCAGCGAGGGCGCCGCCCCGACCCCGCCUCCUCCUCCACGAGUCACCUCCUUCGCAGAGAUCGCAAGAAGCAAACGGAAAAAUGGAGGUUCGCCGUUGCUGAAGGCAGCUGCAGAUCCUUUUUCCUCCACUUACUCCACCCACUCCCACUCCUCUGUGGAUUUCUCUCCGAUCCUAGAGCAGCAUGUGGAGGUUGACAGUCACAGCUUGUCACCUGUACCCUUUACCAGAUGUUACAGUCAAGGCAGCAUUGAGCGACACCUGGAGGGGGCGAGGGAGACCAGGGCCAAGGCGGAAGGUGGUCUCUCAGACAGCCGCCCGGUGGUGGUCCGCUACAGUAAAGACCAGAGGCCCACCACACUCCCCAUCCAGCCCUUCACCUUCCACCACCAGUUCGCCUCCAAACCCCCCCAGCCCAAGCCUCAUCUGCCCCUGCUCACAGGCUACGUCUCUGGGAUGCAGGCCCGCUCCAGCUCCGGCUCUGGCUCUGGCUCUGGUUCUGGUUCUGGCUCUGGUUCUGGCUCUGGAGGUCCGGUGGGGGAGGACAGUGAAGAUGCAGCUGAAAAUGUGUACAGGUACCAGGGGACUGCAGCAGCCCCUCCACCUGGAUCAGUACGACCCUCACCUCUUGGGAGCUACUCCCCCGUGCGGCUCCAGGGGGCGCUCAGCUCUGGGACCUGCUCCACCUGCACCCCAAGCCCUCAGCCGCAACACAGCCUCUCCUGCCCGCUUUCAGCUGGCCCCGGCCCCCUGCACACCCCACCGACAGGAAAGCAGGGAGGGGGUUCAGUGGCGUUACCGUCUACCCCUCCACCUCCAUCCCUGGGGGUGAAGAGGGGGAUGGUGCCGCCAAUGCUGCCAGCUGUGCAGGGCCACUGUUUCCAUCAUGGCGCUCUGCCUUGUUUACCAGCACUCAACAGUGACAUGCUGAGCCCGUUGGGCUGUCUGGAUUCUGGAAAGCAUGUGGAGGGAAGCCAAGGACCCGGAGCCAGGACACAUAAUGCACACCACCUCUCUCCACAGGCUCUCAAAUGGAGGGAGUAUCGUCGUCGAAACCCUCUGGGAUUGGAGAGGGUCUCAGGGGGCCACUCUUCUGCAGGAUCAGGCCCCCUCUCUGGUAACCUGGAACCCAGAAAAGGCGGGGGAUCUCGACCUCUCAGACGGAACGUGUUUGAUUUCCCUUCAGUCUCCUCUGGCCCCACGCUGGGACGGCUCAAUGCAGGGAGCCAAUCAACUAAGCUGCAGCAGAUCUACAGCGACUUCCUGCCGGACUACUUCUCUCUGACCGAGAAGCCUCCAGAGGAGUUUUGCCUCUCCCCAGACGCAUCAACGUCCUCCUCCACCUGCUCUUCCUCACAGUCCCACAUCUCAGUGGACCUGACGCAGAAGAGAGUUUUGGUGAAAGCCGUGAACACAGCAGUGGAUCUGAUCGUGGCACACUUCGGCACCAGUCGAGAUCCAGAUGUAAAGGCUAAGCUGGGAAACAGCUGGGUGAGUCCCAACGUGGGUCACCUCAUCCUGAAGUACCUUUGCCCGGCUCUGCAUGAGGUGCUGCAGGACGGCCUGAAGGCCUACGUACUGGACCUGAUCAUCGGACAGCGGCGUUGUCAGCCCUGGAGCCUGGUGGAGGCCUCCACACAGCUGGGCCCGUCAACACGUGUUCUCCACAGCCUGUUCUCCAAGGUGAGCCAGUACUCUGAGCUCACAAGCCACAGAAUGAGACUCAACGCCUUCAUCUUCGGCCUGCUCAACCUUAAAUCUUUGGAAUUCUGGUUUAAUCACCUCUACACACAUGAAGAUAUUAUAGCAGCCCACUACAACCCAUGGGGUUUCCUUCCCCUGUCACAGGGGCCAUGCCAGCCACUCUUUGAGGAGCUACUCCUGCUGCUGCAGCCACUGUCACUCCUCCCGUUUGACCUGGACCUGCUGUUUGAGCCACAUCUACUCCAAAAGGGCCAGGAGCAUCUCCGUCGCAAAGAGCAGCUGUGCACUGCAGGCCAGAGUGUCGACCAAUCAACUCGUUCUACCUUCCAGCUCAUGAGAGGAUGGAGCACCACUGUUAGCGAGAUGGUCAGAGACUCAAGUGCAGAGGUGAGGAAAGAGAGGGCGGGUCUGAGACGAGAGGGAACGUGGCCGAGGAUUGAAGGGGUUGGAUCUAGACGAGAGGGAGCGGGAGUGAAACCAAGGUUAAGGAGUGAGGUGGCAACAACUGACAGCAUGACAGCCAGGUCUGUUAGACCAGACCAGAUGGAAGUAGGGUUUGCCAAUCUCUGGAAGGAGAGGGGGGUGAGUGGACAGAGAAUGAAAGGCGUAGGACAAGAGAGCCAAGGAGAAGGUGAGGACGGACAGGAAAAGGACAGGAGUAGAGAAAAAGAGAAGGAUAUAGCAGAGGAGGGGCGUCAGCGGCAAGAGAGACAGGCGGGUUGGUGGUACCAGCUCAUGCAGUCCUCCCAGGUUUACAUCGACCAAUCCACAGAGGGGUCAAAGUUUGUUAAGACUGAGAAAAGGAAGAAGUCGUCAGAAAGAAGACAUAACCAGCUACCGCCCACCAGAGAAGGAGUGGUGGAGGGGGCAGAGUCAAGCCAAGAUGGGGAGGGGUAUAGAAGCAGGAAAAGCAGCAAUAGCUCUAGCGGGGAGUCAGCUGGAUCCAGGGGAAGGCCUUCGUGGAUGGGCAGCCCACCAGACUCUGUUCUCAACCAGGACAAAGAGACAAAACCUAUGGAGGCUACAGGGACUGGAAGUCAAGCUGCAGCCCAAGAGGAGAGCCACACACAGGGACAGAGUCUGCGAUGGGGCAGGCUCUUUGGAUCUAGUGUUGGUUCUCCUUCGAGGGUGGAGGCACAUGAUCAGAAAGCGAAAGCUCCAAAGACCAGGCCACCAUCAGGUUGGCUUUCUCUGGAUAGCUCUGUUCUUGACUUUGUAGCUCUGACUAUUGGCGCUGGGAGUGGGAAGAAGGCAGAGCCUCCAGCCACACCCACUCACACCCAAGCCACACCUCCACCAACCUCAAGCCAACCCACUGAAGCCAGACAACAGUCUCCAUGUGAAGUCCGAGCAUUGUGCCACCACAUAGCCACCGAACCAGGCCAGCUGAGCUUCAACAAGGGUGAUGUCCUGCUGGUCCUGAGCAAGGCCGAUCCAGACUGGCUGCUGUGCUCCUUGGGCUCCACCCAAGGCUUGGUUCCCAUCAUCUAUGUUACCCUCAAUAGCAUGGAGGACAGCCGGGACACCACUGGACUAUGAGCUAAUGCUGCUCCAAGAGGAAUUAAUGCAAAAUGAAGGCAAACGGCUUUGGAGACGGAGGGUAUCCCUGCCACACACCUACUGAAACAAAAACCUGUUUUUGAGAUAACUGUACAUUGGGGAUGAAAAAAAACAUUGUAAAUUUGAAGAUAAUGCAGAUGAUGUACAGACACAUGCAAAGGGAAGCAUGCAGGCUCAAACACAAACUAACAUCUACUUCAAUUGUACAUCCAGACAAGUAUGCAUGCAUACAUUCAAAAACCAAAAGACCAGACAGGACACCCAAAGACACUCCAACACGCGCUUCUCUCUCUGCGUAAAGUUCCGCUACUAGCUUAACUAUGGGACUGUCCAGUCUCUAUAUCAUCCAUCUAUACUUGUGACAAAAAGGAGGGGCUAUUUAAAGUUGGUAAACUUCAUAAUAUGAUAUUAUAACAUGCCAAGCUGCACUUUGCUGUACUGUGUAUACCUUCACCUAGCUGUUCCACACUCUAAACACAGUGCUCAGACCAACGCCGGGGGCUGUUUGGUGUCCUGUUGCUUACUUGGUGCCGAUUUAUCUUUUUGUGUAGAAACCAGUGAAUCCUUGCUUUGUUAAUUAGAUUUAAUGUGGUUGAUGUAAAAGCAAAGACAAAAAACAUUUUGAACCA